AUGGGAGCAGAGAACGGCCAGCCGGGCCCCAUGGCCAAGGUCAGCGAAGUCAUUGCGACGUAUCGGCCGACGAGGGUGAGUGGCCCCCUCAGCGCGCUCCUGCUCAUGCUCAUGCACCUCUCCCCAACCUCAACACUGACGCAACUUGCCAGCNUCUUCAAAGCCCCCAACCUGCACUACACAUCGCUCGACUUCGACUCAACAGGCGAGCUACUCCUCCNNCUCGCUCGCACUGACGAUACUCUCCAUAUCUACAACACAAAGGCUGGAGCCCACGCAAAAGAACUCAAGUCACAAAAGCACGGUUGCGCCCUUGCCCGCUUCACACAUCACUCGCAAUCUGUUAUCUAUGCCUCGACCAAGCUCAACCAUGAUAUCCGAUACCUCUCUGCUCAUGAUAACUCCUACAUCCGCUACUUCAAGGGCCACACCGACAAGGUCACCUCCAUCCAGCUCUGCCCUAGCAAUGACACCUUCCUCUCUGCCUCUCUUGACAACACGGUGAAGCUAUGGGACCUCCGCUCUUCCUCUCCACAAGGCAGCCUCAAUCUGCAUGGCGCCGUCUUGACCGCUUAUGAUCCUUCAGCCACCGUCAUUGCCAUCGCUUCUCCUGCUACCCAGACCGUUGUCCUCUACGAUGUUCGCAACUACGACAAGCCUCCUNUUGCGACCUUUGAUAUGCAGGACAUUGAGCGCCGCUUCAAUCAUUAUGGCCAAGCUCAAGCUCAAGGCUGGACCACUUUGGAAUUCAGCAACAACGGCCAGUACAUCCUGGUUGGAACCAAUGGUCCAGGCCACUAUGUCCUUGACGCGUUCGAAGGCGUAUUGAAGGCCUACUUAUAUCGCGCCCAGGGUCCUCCACCCUUCCCAUCUCAGCUUGGUCAAAGCGACAGUCCUCUGCGUCAUACUCAAUCCUCACUUCAAGGCGACGCUUGCUUCACAUCUGAUGGUCGCUAUGUCGUUUCAGCCUCGUCCAAGGGCGGCAUGUUGGUAUGGGACCUGCUUGCCGAUAAGCGCUCUGACGGUACCAUGAAUCCCAUGACCGAUUUGCCCGGUCCAAGAACGUCUACUGUUGUUGGUGUGAACCCCAGAUACAACAAUCUCGCCAGCGCUGGUCAAGAUGUCGUACUCUGGCUGCCCGACCCUGAACUGGCUUGA